AUGGUGGGGUAUGGCUGUUGGCAUAUAAGGUUGAGAUGCCCGCACUGCUUUCUCCCUUCUUCUUCUUUUCAUCAUUCCAUUGACGAAUUUACAUUACAACAAUCCCAAACGGACAAGUACAUACUGCCCUUCCUUUGGGAGCCAUGGAUACUCUUUGGCUGGGCACAUUAUCCCUUAGGGAUCAAGGUAUCUCAGGUAACUUCUGGGUAUGAGCCGGUGUUCGUUCUUGCGUCGGUGGUGGAUCCAAUGUCUCUCGGCAUCAGAUUCAUCUUCGGCGUGGGUUCGUUCUGA